CCCGGCCCCUCCAUCUUCCUGUGGCGCAGGCAAGGGCCGGGCGGCGGGCGGCGGCGGGUGCUGGCAGGAGGGAUGCCUGCAGACUGAGCUCAUCCAGUUCCACCUGCGGCGGGGGCUGGCGGCCGCGGCCCAGAUGCAAACCAAGGGCGGCAACCACAGCACCGCCGCCGCCCCGGCCGAGGCGCCCCUGGCCUCCUCCCCCUCGCCCAUGGCGGCGGCCGGGCCCGAGGGGCUGCAGCAGGGCGCUGGGGGCGGCGGGAGCCCGAGUCCGCCCCAGCAAGAGGAGCUGCAGGAGGAGAUGGAGAGACUGCGGGAGGAGAACGAGACCCUCAAGAAUGAGAUAGAUGAGUUGAGGACUGAGAUGGAUGAGAUGAGGGACAGUUUCUUCGAGGAAGAUGCUUGUCAGCUGCAGGAAAUGCGUCAUGAACUGGAGAGAGCCAACAAGAAUUGCCGAAUCCUACAGUACCGGCUCCGCAAGGCUGAGCGCAAGAGGCUCCGCUAUGCACAGACUGGGGAGAUCGAUGGAGAGCUCCUGCGCAGCAUGGAGCAGGACCUCAAGGUUGCAAAAGAUGUCUCAGUAAGACUUCAUCAUGAGUUAGAAAAUGUGGAAGAAAAACGAGCUACAACAGAAGAUGAAAAUGAAAAGCUAAGACAGCAGCUUAUAGAAGUUGAGAUUACUAAACAGGCUCUACAGAAUGAACUGGAAAAAGUGAAGGAGCUGUCAUUGAAAAGAAGAGGGAGCAAAGACUUGCAGAAAUCAGAAAAAAAGUCACAGCAGACACCCACUGAGGAGGACAACGAAGAUCUGAAAUGCCAGUUGCAGUUUGUUAAAGAAGAAGCUGCCCUUAUGAGGAAAAAAAUGGCUAAAAUUGAUAAGGAGAAAGACAGAUUUGAACAUGAGCUUCAAAAAUAUAGAUCAUUUUAUGGGGAUCUAGACAGUCCCUUACCAAAAGGUGAAGCUGGAGGACCACCUACCACAAGGGAAGCAGAACUCAAGCUUAGAUUGAGAUUAGUAGAGGAAGAAGCCAACAUCCUUGGAAGGAAAAUAGUAGAACUGGAAGUAGAAAAUAGAGGUCUGAAAGCAGAGCUUGAUGAUUUAAGAGGAGAUGAUUUCUCAGGAACAGCAAAUCCCCUCAUGGGGGAACAGAGUGAAUCUCUCUCAGAGUUACGGCAGCAUUUGCAGCUAGUUGAAGAUGAGACAGAAUUGCUGAGGAGAAACUUAGCUGACCUGGAGGAACAAAACAAGCGCAUCACAACAGAGCUAAACAAAUACAAAUACAAGUCUGGCACCCAUGAGAGCUCGAGGCACCAUGAUAAUGCCAAGACAGAAGCACUGCAAGAAGAGCUAAAAGCUGCCCGAAUGCAAAUCAAUGAGCUCAGUGGCAAAGUCAUGCAACUUCAGUAUGAAAACAGAGUGUUAAUGUCCAACAUGCAGCGCUAUGACUUGGCCUCUCACCUCGGGAUCCGGGGCAGCCCCAGAGACAGUGAUGCUGAAAGUGAUACAGGGAAAAAAGAAAGUGAUGAUGAUUCCCGCCCUCCGCACCGCAAAAGGGAAGGUCCCAUUGGAGGGGAAAGCGACUCUGAGGAGGUACGCAAUAUCCGGUGCCUGACUCCCACUAGGUCUUUUUAUCCUACACCGACUGGGUGGCAGAAGAGCUUCACAGAUCGGCAGCAGAUGAAGGACAUCCGCUCUGAAGCCGAGCGAUUGGGCAAGACGAUAGAUCGCCUGAUUUCUGAUACGAGUACCAUCAUAACAGAGGCAAGAAUUUAUGUGGCCAAUGGGGAUCUGUUCGGACUCAUGGAUGAAGAAGAUGAUGGCAGUAGGAUUCGGGAGCAUGAGCUUCUUUAUCGAAUCAAUGCACAGAUGAAGGCAUUUAGGAAAGAACUCCAGACUUUCAUCGACAGACUAGAAGUUCCAAAGUCAUCAGAUGACCGAAGUGCAGAUGAACCUUUGUCAGUGAGUCAGAUAAGAAGUGCAAGAGAUAUAGUUUCUGUAGUAGCCACUGCUGUAAAAACACUGAAGACUACUUGUUUGCAAAAAAGAACAAAACAAAGUGAAACAAAAACAAAAAGCAAAACAAAACCUAAAAAAGCCACCCAGUUGAAUAAGAAUUCUCCUCACCAAGGUAUUCCAGGAUCAGGAUUCACAGAACUGGAACUCUUUAUCCCAGCUAGCUAUGCAUUUCACUGCUUUCACUACUACACUGAAAAAUGCACUGAAAAACUUCUGAAGGAUUGUUUACUUCAAAAAGAAUCAAAGACAAGAAAGACUUAUUCUGAUAAAAUCAAUCCCAGCUUCCAGGAAACAUUCAGGAAAGAAGAGGAGCAGAAACACCUUUUAGUUGAUACUCAUAGUGCAGCAAUGGACCUGCAUAAACAACUGGAGAAUACUGAGAGAAACUGGACCAAAGAGAAGAUGGAACUGCUGGAGAGAUUUGACAGUGAAAGGAAGGAGUGGGAAAGUCAGUGGAAGGUCAUGCAGAAGAAAAUAGAAGAGCUUUACCAGGAGGUAAAACUAAGGCGGGAGAGCAAUAUGAAUGUCCGGGAUAAUAAGGCCAUUCAAAGCAAGAUGCUGCAGCUAUCUGUAUAUUCCCCUACUUCAGAACGGAGUGACACAGCAGAACUGAACUGUCGACACAACUUGGCAAAUGGCUGGAUGGAAGAAAAGAGUUUGUUCAGUAACUCAGAACAAGAAUGUAAAGAAACUAGAACUCAGAGGAAAAGCAAUGUUUUAUUAAGGAACAGUCUGGCCUUUGACAACCAGGAGAAAUAUGAAGACCUCCUCAGCUUGAAAACUCCUAAGAAAGAUACCAGUAGCUAUGCGGGUGAUCUCAAUGCAGCUCUUAAAGAACUGGCGAAAGUUAGUGAAGAGUUAUGCAGCUAUCAAGAGGAAAUUCGAAAGAAGCCCAACCACAGAAGAAUGAAGUCACUUCCUUUUCUGGAAGAAUUUGAAGAUACCCAAAACACAGUUAUUAUGCCUGAGAUGAACCGCAUGUCCAGCAAUGAACCACAAACUUCUUCCCUCACCUUUGAAACAGAAGGACAAAAUAACAGGAAGAACUUGAUGAGUGCCAACAGGGGUUUGAAAGAUUUGCCUUGUAGCUCUCUUACUGGUGAUAGAGGAAGAGACUUCAUGCCCUGGCCAAAAAAAGAAGCCCCCCCAGUUCCUCCACGGAGCACUUCUCGACAUCUGACAAGCUCACUUUCUGCAGCUGUACACAUCUCUGAAGUACCCAUAAAAGAUUCAGGCAGCAGAAGCAACUGUAAGGUUCAGGAGGGUAGGAAUGGAAGGAAAUGUAUUAAUCCUUCUCUUGCAAAACAGAAUGAAGCUCCAGUGGUACAUGCAAAUGAAGGGAAGUCUGUGAAAGGUGGUGCAGAGGUAACUGCUUCAGUACCUAUAGCCAAAAAAGAGAGAGUCUCUGAGUGCAGUGUAGCGGCAGAUUUUUGUCACAACACAUGGUCAUGUGAUGUGGGCAAGCUUGGAAAAGGUACUCAGAAUGGAUCUUCCUUAUUGUCUGCCCAGAAAAGCUGUUCAGAUGGAAAUAUGGUGCAAACAGAGAAUGUGCACAGGAGACAUUGUCCUAACUCUCCUAAUGUUCUACAUUAUGGUAAUGACUCCCGUGACCCUGCAAUGCUGCCAAAGAAGACCCAAAGAAAUGAAAUGUUGGCAGCAAAGAUUGAUGAAUUUAACAGGAUUGUAUUUCAUACAGAUAAAUGCAACAAAUCUUUGCAAGAAAAUCAGAAGCUUCAAACACCAACUGGAGAUCAUAAACACUGUGGCCCAGGGUGUGACUGUAUGGUUAACAGAACAGAAACUGUAAAUGCAUCUUAUGUUUCAAAUCCCAGACUCUCUGCAGCAAAGAAACAGGAUCCCUGCAAUCCAACCAAAACUGCCAGAACAACAGGGCAACAAAAGCAAAUAACUGGACUUCUAAGCACCAGUGGCUACCGGCAUAUGCUUCAUGAGCAUGAUUGGAGAUCAAUUAAUUUAUCUGGUCGCCCGCGUUCAGCUGACUCAAGGUCAAACUAUGGAGUUGUUGAAAAACUUUUGAAAAACUAUGAAAAAUCAACAGUGACUUCUUUGUAUAAUUCUAAAUGCUGCAAAGAUAAGUGGACACAGUCAGAUUCUGAGUUCACAGAUGGGAGUUGUGAGACAUUGAGUCAGUAUUUAGAAAUGCUCCAGAUAGAGCAAGGAAAGCAAGAGUUUCAGAGGAAUUCAGCCAGGUGUGUUGGGAAGCAAGUCAAACAAGGCAAAGAGAGACAGAAGUUACCAGAGAUAUCUGUGCCAGAUAAAUGUUCAACUGGGAAAGGCUUCUCCCGGCCAGCGCGACCAGCAAAUCGACGCUUACCUUCCAGGUGGGCAUCCAGAUCACCUUCAGCACCACCUGCUGUGAGAAUGACCACACACAGUUAUUCUCUCUCACUUCAGUCAGAGACGGCAGUAGUCUGAACUCAAGGAUGAAUUUGAUGAUGUUGUGAAAUGUGAAAGCUCUGCGCCUCUUUAUACCUGUGUGUUCUGUGAUUGUGAUAGCAACCAGUUCUACACUGUUGUAUAUCAUCCAAGAGUAAUCCUGUCACUUGACUUACUGGGCAAAGCAUUUUCAAUCUUAGAUCAUCAUCGCAGUCUUCAGUGUUUUUAUUGAUGAAAUAAUUAUACCCCUUGUUUUCUUUUUCUCUCUCUUUCUUUCUUAAAUGGCUCACAAAGAAUUACUUUUGAAUGACAUCCUCCUUGGUUUGAGUUGAUACAAUGUAUAGUUCUGUAUAUUCUGACUUUUCUGCAAACAGCAGAAAGUAAAGCUGUAUGCAUGAUCAUGUGUUUGUAGGUGCAUGUGUUGGAAUAGGAAGUAUACAGGUAUGUAUUUAGAAGAGACAAACUCUGUGCUAGUGUUGACACUGAAAUUACAACAUAUAUGCCUAUAUA